UAAAUAAUAUAAAUAAAUCAUUGACUUUUCAUCAAGUAUCAUUUUUCAAGUUUAAUUAACAAUAACAACUUGACACGUGUAAACAAGACGAAAUGACUUCUCAAGAUCUCCAAAUGGAAACCGAAUAUUUAAAAUUUCAUACAUGGAAAAUAAUGGUAGAAAGCGUGGCAUUUAAGAUUUUAUAUUCACGUAAAUUCAUUAUGAGUCAAAAUGCACGUAUUCAACUUCUUAUGAACCUAAUAUUUGAUGGAAAAAAUAAUGUGAGUGGUGUCAUACCGAAUAAUGUGAUGUAUUUACACAAAAAAGAUGUAAAUAGAUCAAAUUCUGAGCGAAUAGCUGCUGAGCAAUGUUAUGCUCUCAACUUAAAUAUAAUGGCAUUGCAGCAUUAUUCACAGGCAAUUAUAUAUAUAAUACCAAAUACAGAAAUGUCAUCUUAUUUAUAUCACUGGAGAAGUAUAAUUCUUUAUGAACUUGGAAUGUUUGAAUCAUGUCUUGAGGAUCUUGAACGUGUUUCUCUUAUUCAUUUACCAUCUGCUCACAAGCCUGAUUAUCAUUUACGUAAAGCUGUAUGUCAUCGUACAAUAACAAGCAAAUUAUUAGCAAAAGUUAUUGAUCAACCAAACAAACUUGAUGAAUCAUUUCAAAAACAACUUCAACAAAUGGUUGAAUCUACUCGAAAAUUUGGUGAUGUACCAAUUGAUAGAGGUUAUGAAGUUUGUUAUAAUCCAACUAUACCAAUAUUGAAAAAUAAAAAUCCAUUAGUUCCUGGUUUAUCUGAUGCUGUUGAAUUAAAUUUUACGGAAGAUCUUGGUCGUCAUAUUAUUGCAACAAGAGACAUUCAACCUGGUGAAAUAAUUGGUGUUUGCAAACCAUAUGCUACUGUUCUUUUUAUUGAAGAAAGACUUAAACAUUGUUGGCAUUGCACAAAGCAAAUAUGGAAUGGCGUACCAUGUGAAUGUUGUAUUAUUGCUCAAUAUUGUUCUGAUUAUUGUCGUGAAAAAUCAUUUGAAGAAUAUCAUGAUAUUGAGUGUGCUGUAACAUCAUCUUUGGCUACUAAUAUUGCAGAUGAAAUAUCAUUAAUGACACUGAAAUUAGCUAUCAAAGCAUAUAAAGAAUGUGGUUCUAAUAUUGAUAAAUUAUUAUCUACUUAUGAUGCCAAUGCUAAACCACCAUCAACAAAAGAAGAAGUUUACAAAUGUGAUUAUGAUAUAACUAAAUUUUCAAGUGUUUAUAAUUUAUCAAAAGAAAUUAAUCCAAAAUUACAUAACAAGAAUUCAGAACAAUUUAUUGACAGUAUAAUCAUUGCAUAUUAUAUGGGAAUGGCAAUUGGUCUUGUUAAAGAUAACAAAUCAUUGAUUGAAUUAAAACAAUGUGAUAUAUUUGUCAAGUUUCUUGGAUUUAUAGAAAAAACUUUGAGAAUUGUUUAUUCAAGUGUUAGUUAUGAAAGAUUGAAGGCUGAUCGAUCUCCGAAAAUAGGAUUUAACAGAACAACAAUUAAUCCAAAUGCAAUGCUUUUUAAACAUCAGUGUUUUCCUGAUAUAACACGUGUUAGUCUUGGUGAAUAUGAAGUAAUAUAUGCCAUAACUCCAUUAAAAAAAGGUCAACAAAUUUUUGAUAGUAAUGGAUACGGUUUUCAUGAAAAAGGUCGUAAAGAUCGUAGGAAUGAAAUAAUAUCACAUUUUGGUUACAUUUGUCGUUGUAUCGCUUGUGUUAAUCAAUGGAGGGUUGAAGAGUCAAAAUUAACUGGUGAUGAUGUUGAUUCAAUAGACUUGAAAAAAAUUAAAAAAGAUAUUCAAUUAUUAGAAAACAAAGUUACUGUUUCUCAAAGCAUUGCAAGUAAUUAUCUUCGUAAAAAUGGUAAAUUAUGGGAUGCAACAGAAAUUGUUGAUAAACUAAUUAAAAUUGUGAUAACGUGUCACAAAUAUUUGCAGCCUAAUUCAGAUGAUUUUGUUAAAGCUAAGGACACUUUGGUUAAGGCUUUACGUUUGUCUCAAGUACCAUUCAUUACUCCAGAGUAA